AUCACAUUCAGAUACUAAUGAUUUCUUAAAACAAUGAAGAUGCUUAACUUCAUAUAUCUUUUGUUCUUAUUACCUGCAAGUCAACCAAGAUGCCUAAAUCUCUGUGAUUGUGAGCGGAAAGCUUUUGUUAUCAAUAUAGCAUGCAGGGAGCGUGAUCUGCAUGACAUUCCACAGGACCUCCCAUGCAAUCUUGGUUUGCUUGACUUAAGAAGAAACUUCAUUACUACCCUGAAGAAAGAGUCAUUCUCAUGCCAAAAUGAGUUGGCUGUGCUUCUCCUGUCCAACAACCAUCUCCGCAUCAUAGAGCAGAAAGUCUUUGAUGAUGCAGAAAAUCUGGUAUACAUAGACCUCAGCUCAAACUUUCUUGAGAGUUUACCAUACCUUGGUUCUUUACCUUACAUUCAUGAGAUAUCUAUAAUCCGGAAUUCUUUGACGGUUUGGAAUCAUCAGACACUCAGCAACACAUCAGGUUCACACCUUUCAUCUCUUCACCUGGCAUUCAACAAACUAAAGAAUCUACCGGAAUUUCCAGUUAACAUAUCUGCUCUAGAGCUAAAGGGAAAUGCAAUCACUGACCUGUCAAAAAAAAUGUUCAUAUAUCCAAGAACUGUAUCAUCUCUGGACAUUUCCUACAACGAUGUUGAGUACCUGUACAGACUGCAAACAAUGGAGAAUCUUAAGACACUCUCUCUUGCAUUCAACCGAAUAAGAGAAAUUACAACCACUGUAUUCACUCACCUACCUUCGAUUGAAACAAUCAAUCUUCAAGGAAACAACAUCGUGGAUGUCUCUGCCAUCCAUGAUAUUCCACAUAUCAAGUCUAUCAUAUUAGACCACAAUCAAAUAAGAUCUAUAAAUAGACCAGCAUUCAAUAAUAUUCCAGAUAUAGAAAAUAUUAAUUUGAAGUAUAAUAAAAUCAUUGAAAUCAAAGGUGAUUAUUAUUUCAAUAUACCAACUAGUCUAAUCCUCUGCUACAACAAUAUGAUUGCAAUAAACAUAUUCCAAGGUAGAUAUCACUCAAACUUAAAAAUUCUCAAUGUUGAUGAUAAUAAUCUGCAAGUUCUUUCCCUCAUUUAUUUUCCUAAUUUAACUUCUAUAUAUGCCUCUUACAAUAAAAUUACAAUUUUGGAAUUUGGUAUUUGUAAUUAUCAACAUUUAGUAUACAUCAAUUUAUCUUGGAACCAAAUUACAAACAUUACAAACUUUCAAAACUUGACAAACGUACAAAGCUUGCACCUAUCGCACAAUUUCUUAACAAACUGGAGUGAUCAAAAUUUGUUAGGCUCAUCUCAGCUCGUUCUCCUCAGAGUUAACGACAACAGAUUGUCAUUGCUUUCAAAUUUCACAGCUUUACCAAGACUUGAAGAUCUAGAUUUGUCCAGCAACAUACUUCACACUAUAGAAAAUGCAUCCUUUCUAUUCCUACAAAGACUUGCCAUUUUAAAUCUUGCUAAAAAUAAGAUUUCUCACCUUGGUUUUCUGAGGCCCAUUAUCUCACUUCAAAUGCUGAACCUUAAUUACAACAGACUUGUGGCAAUCGACCCUAAAGUUCCUUACAACAUCAGACACACUUGA